UCUAUUUUAUUAAUUAAUGUACUACUUACUAUAUACUAUCCUUCUUAUACAUUCUUUACCUUACCACUCUAAUGAUCACAAUAAUGAAAGUUCAACUUGAAAAAUCAAAUAGCUUAGAUUCUUCUUCUUCAUCCUCGUCCUCAUCCUCCUUUAACGAGGGCAACAUUAACACAAAGAUCCUAAAAGAGUACGAAUCGAAUAAAGUUGAAGAAUUCAAUAGGGACGACAAUGAGAACAAGAGGAGGAAAAAAGUUAUUCAGGACGAUCAUGAUGACAAGCAUCCAACCUAUAGAGGAGUUCGUAAGAGGAAUUGGGGAAAAUGGGUGUCAGAAAUCCGAGAGCCAAGGAAGAAAUCAAGAAUAUGGUUAGGAACUUAUUUGACAGCUGAAAUGGCUGCUCGAGCUCAUGAUGUUGCGGCUUUAGCCAUUAAAGGUCACUCGGCUUACCUUAAUUUCCCUUAUUUAGCUGAUCAACUCCCACGUCCAACUUCUAAUUACCCUAAGGACAUUCAAAUCGCGGCUGCAAAAGCCGCUGCCACCUCAUUCAGCGGAAAUAAAGCUGAGUCGAGCCACAUCAAGCUGCAUAGUUCAUCUUCGUCCACAGAGACAUUCAUAACUUCUCCAUUGACUGAUAAAGACGAUACUUUUUUCAAUUUACCAGAUCUUUCCAUCAAUAAAGUGGAUCAAAUUGACAGUUAUUGUUAUCCGAUUUCGACUUGGCACCUUCCUGGAACCGAUGUUGGAUUCUGGCCCGAGGAGCCAUUUUUAUGGCAAAGCUAAAAAGGUACAAGUCAAUCAGGUGCACUAAGCUUCUGCUAAAAUCAAGGGUCUCGAAGCGAGACCAAGCUUCAUGCAAGUCUCAUCAUAGGAAAAUUAAGAAUUUUUUUGUACACAGGUUCAUAUUACCGUUAAUUUGAGUUUGUUUUAAUUUUAUUCAU